AUGGCUGGUCAAUUAGGUUAUCGCGAGCUCUUUCUAAAGCAAUUUACUGCUCGAAAACUCACAUUUCAUGUUCUUUUCUGGACAUUUCACUGGGCCAUCUUCGCCUACGGAUGGUGGAAGCAAGCCGCAGAUGAGCGACUCGCCGGUCUCAACUCUCUAAAAUUCUCGGUUUGGAUCUCUCGCGGUGCUGGUCUCGUCCUGAGUGUCGACGGAAUGCUCAUUCUGCUCCCUGUUUGUCGCACAAUCAUGCGAUGGGUCCGUCCCAAACUUCGAUUCCUGCCACUUGACGAAAAUAUAUGGCUUCACCGACAACUCGCCUACUCCCUCUUAAUAUUCACCAUUGCGCAUGUCGCCGCUCACUACGUCAACUUUUACAAUGUCGAGAAGACCCAGAUCCGACCCGUCUCUGCUGUCCAGAUCCAUUACGCUCAACCUGGUGGCAUCACUGGACACGUCAUGCUGCUUUGCAUGCUGUUCAUGUACACCACAGCCCACUCGCGUAUUCGUCAACAGUCCUUUGAGACGUUUUGGUACACGCACCAUCUGUUUAUUCCUUUCUUCUUGGCACUUUACACUCACACCACCGGCUGCUUUGUUCGCGACUCUGUCGACGCCUUUUCGCCAUUUGCGGGGGAGCAAUACUGGACACAUUGCAUCGGUUAUCUCGGCUGGCGAUGGGAGCUCUGGACUGGCGGUUUCUACCUUAUGGAGCGUCUGUACCGCGAGAUUCGCGCACGUCGCGAGACCAAGAUCGCUCGAGUUGUUCGCCACCCGUACGAUGUCGUUGAGAUUCAGUUCAACAAGCCUUCCUUCCGAUACAAGGCUGGGCAGUGGCUCUUCCUCCAGAUCCCUUCCAUCUCCAAGUACCAGUGGCAUCCCUUUACCAUUACCUCGUGCCCAUUCGAUCCGUACGUAUCCAUCCACGUCCGCCAAGUCGGUGACUUUACCCAGGCUCUCGGUGAUGCUCUCGGUGCCGGUAACGCCCAAGCGAAGCUGUAUGACGGCGUGGACCCCAUGGGCAUGUACGAAGUCGCCCUGCAAAACGGCCAGCAGAUGCCUGGGCUCCGCAUCGACGGCCCAUAUGGAGCGCCUGCCGAGGACGUGUUUGAGAAUGAAAUUGCCGUUCUCAUAGGCACCGGUAUCGGUGUCACGCCGUGGGCCUCGAUCCUCAAGAACAUCUGGCACCUACGCAACUCUCCCAACCCGCCUACGCGUCUUCGUCGUGUCGAGUUCAUCUGGGUCUGCAAGGACACGGGCUCCUUUGAGUGGUUCCAGACGCUGCUGUCCUCGCUCGAGGAGCAGUCCAACGAGGCCGCGCGCCUGCCCGGCAGCAACGGCGUCGAGUUCCUCAAGAUCCACACAUACCUGACACAGAAGCUCGACAUGGACACGACGCAGAAUAUUGUUCUCAACAGCGUGGGCGCCAACGCCGAUCCCCUCACCGAGCUCAAGGCCCGCACUCAGUUUGGCCGUCCGGACUUUCGCCGCCUCUUCACCACGAUGCGCGACGGCAUCCUCGACCGCUCCUACAUUAACGGCCUGGAGGGCAGCAUGCGCUCUACCGUCGGUGUCUACUUUUGCGGUCCCUCGGCAGCUGCUCGCGACAUCAAAUCUGCUUGCAAGAGCGCUACGGCUCGCGAGGUCCAGUUCCGUUUCUGGAAGGAACACUUCUAA